CGAGACGAGAUCUUCUUUGACCAAUUCUGUUUGAUCUUUGCUGAUCUCAGAAUAACUUAUCUUCUUCAAUACAGUCCAUUGACGAUCCAUUCCCUUGUAAAAACAAAAACAUAGAAAAAAAACUUUGUCAAAAAAUAUACAUACACAUAUCAUUGUUCAGCAACCCCUCUACAUACACUCAUUGGUGUACGUCAGCAACCACAAGCAACUCUCAGGCUUCCAUUGAACGUAUUCUCCAUCGUACAAUAUGAGCGGACACCCAUUUGCAUAUUCAUCUGCACCCUUACGCCGCGUUGAAGCAGUGCAAUUCGGCAUCUUGUCGCCCGAUGAGAUUAAAGCCAUGUCUGUGGCCAAGAUCGAAUAUCCGGAAAUCUAUGAGGAAGGGACGCAGACUCCACGAAUGGGCGGCUUGCUAGAUCCUCGUCUGGGUACCAUUGACCGUAACUACAAAUGCCAAACCUGUGGUGAAGGCAUGGCGGAAUGUCCUGGUCAUUUUGGUCACAUUGAACUUGCUAAGCCUGUUUAUCAUAUUGGUUUCCUCAUCAAAGUCAAAAAGAUUCUUGAAUGUGUUUGCUUUCACUGUUCAAAAUUGAAAGUGGAUGAUUCGAAUCCUCGAUUUCAUCGAGCACGAAGAAUGAAGGAUCCCAAAGCUCGAUUAAAAGCCGUAUGGGAACUUGCCAAGGCCAAGAUGACCUGCGAAGGAGGUGAUGACGCUGAUGGUGGUUUUGACGACAAGGAAGACCUUGAUGGCAAACGAAAGCACGCUCACGGUGGAUGUGGAUACAAACAGCCUACCAUUCGUAAAGAUGGCUUGAAGCUUUAUGCUCAAUUCCGUUCCGGUGGAGGUGAUGAUGGCAAUUCCGAAGGGCGAACACAGCUUACGGCCGCCAAAGUACUCCAAAUCUUAAAAAACAUUUCACAGCAAGAUAUGACCGAUUUGGGUCUUUCUGAAGAAUAUGCUCGUCCGGAAUGGAUGAUUAUGACGGUCUUGGCGGUUCCUCCGCCUCAAGUGCGUCCCAGCAUUCAGAUGGAUGGUACAAGCCGAGGAGAAGACGAUUUAACUCAUAAAUUGUCGGAUAUUCUCAAAGCCAACGCCAACGUACGACGAUGCGAAUCCGAAGGUGCUCCUGUCCAUGUCGUGCAAGAGUUUGAACAGUUACUACAGUUCCACAUUGCUACAUACAUGGAUAACGACAUUGCAGGUCAGCCUCAGGCGCUGCAAAAGUCCGGCAGACCUUUGAAGUCCAUCCGUGCUCGUUUGAAGGGUAAAGAAGGACGUCUCCGUGGUAAUUUGAUGGGUAAACGUGUGGAUUUCUCUGCACGUACCGUCAUUACUGGUGAUCCCAACCUUGCCUUGGAUCAAGUCGGUGUGCCACGAAGUAUUGCGCGCAACUUGACGUAUCCCGAAAUCGUCACCCCAUAUAAUAUUGACAAAUUGCAAGCCUUGGUACGCAAUGGACCACUGGAACACCCUGGUGCGAAAUAUGUUGUCCGUGACAAUGGCGAACGUAUCGAUUUGCGUUACCGAAAACGUGCCGGUGAAAUUCCUUUGCAAUAUGGCUACCGCGUCGAGCGACACAUCAAUGACGAUGAUGUGGUAAUUUUCAACCGACAACCGUCUUUGCAUAAAAUGUCCAUGAUGGGUCAUCGAAUCCGGGUCAUGCCUUAUUCGACUUUCCGACUAAAUCUUUCCGUUACUUCACCCUACAACGCCGAUUUCGAUGGUGACGAAAUGAAUUUGCACGUACCGCAGUCGCUGGAAACACGAGCAGAAAUCACCGAAAUCUGUAUGGUGCCAAAGCAGAUCGUAUCGCCGCAGUCCAACAAACCUGUCAUGGGUAUUGUGCAAGAUACGUUGUGUGGUAUUCGAAAAUUCACGUUGCGCGAUUCCUUCUUGUCGAUGGACAUGGUGAUGAAUAUCGUCAUGUGGGUCCCUGAUUGGGAUGGUUACAUUCCCCCUCCCGCGAUCCUGAAACCUAUGCCGCUGUGGACGGGUAAACAAAUUCUUUCCAUGGUGAUUCCCAAGGGUAUCAAUUGUCAGACGUUCCACUCGACACACCCCGAUGGCGAAUCUACCUACAUUUCGCCUGGUGAUACGCGCGUGAUUAUCGAAAACGGCGAGCUGAUUUGCGGUAUUGUGUGUAAAAAGACUGUCGGUACCGCCAGUGGUGGUGUGAUCCAUACUAUCGUCAAUGAACUCGGACCUGAAGCGGCCAAGAAUUUCUUGACCGGUACGCAGCAAGUGGUCAACUACUGGCUAUUGCAAAAUGGCUUCAGUAUCGGUAUUGGUGAUACCAUUGCCGAUAAGAGUACCAUGGCUACUAUUACAAAUAUCAUUGCGCAAGCCAAGCAACGCGUGCAAGAGAUUAUUAUCACUGCUCAGCAAGACAAAUUGGAAGUCCAACCUGGUAUGACCCUGCGUGAAUCGUUCGAAGCCAAGGUCAAUCAGACCUUGAACAAGGCUCGUGAUGACGCCGGUAAAAUGGCCCAGAACAGUUUGAAGGACGACAACAACGUCAAGCAGAUGGUCAUUGCUGGUUCCAAGGGUUCGUUUAUCAAUAUUUCACAGAUGUCGGCCUGUGUCGGUCAACAGAACGUCGAAGGUAAACGAAUUCCAUACGGCUUCAAGUUCCGUACCUUGCCCCACUUUUCCAAGGAUGAUCACAGUCCCGAAAGUCGAGGCUUUGUCGAAAACUCGUACUUGAGAGGUCUGACCCCUACCGAAUUUUUCUUCCACGCUAUGGGUGGUCGUGAAGGUUUGAUCGAUACCGCUGUCAAGACUGCCGAAACCGGUUACAUCCAACGUCGUCUUGUCAAGGCUUUGGAAGAUGUCAUGGUGAAAUACGACGGUACUGUUCGUAAUUCGCUGGGUGAUAUUAUCCAGUUCUGUUACGGUGAAGACGGCAUGGACGGUUGUUCUGUUGAGAAGCAAAAGAUCAAUUCUUUGAAGGGCACAGAGUCGCAAUUUGACACCGCUUACAAGGUCGAUCUGACCAGAGAUGGCUUCCGAAAGGGCACGCUCAACUUUAAUGUUCUCAAAACCAUUGAGAACAGCGAAAUGGUCCAGAACUACCUUGAUCGGGAAUACGGACAGCUCAAAGAAGAUCGCGAGUUCUUGCGCCACGAAUUAUUCAAGGAGGGCGAAGACAAAUGGCCUUUGCCAGUCAAUUUAUUGCGUCUUAUUACAAAUUCUCAACAGAUCUUCCACAUCGAUCCAAGAAAACCUUCGGAUGUUCAUCCUGUCCAGAUCGUCGAUGGUAUCACUGCAUUAGCGAAGCGAUUGUUGGUGGUCCGUGGUAACGAUAAGAUUUCGGCGGAAUGUCAAAAGAAUGCCACAACCUUGUUUGGUAUUUUACUGCGAUCGACUUUGGCGACCAAGCGUGUGGUGGAAGAAUUCCAUUUGACGUCCCAGGCAUUUGAAUGGGUUCUGGGUGAAAUCGAAUCGCGUUUCCUUACAUCCAUUGUGGCUCCCGGUGAAAUGGUGGGAACGAUUGCUGCGCAGUCGAUUGGUGAACCCGCCACUCAGAUGACGUUGAACACUUUCCAUUAUGCUGGUGUGUCCAGUAAGAACGUUACGCUUGGUGUGCCUCGUUUGAAGGAAAUUAUCAACGUUGCCAAGAACAUCAAGACGCCUCGCUUGGAAGUUUGGCUUGAUGCUGAACGUUCGCGCAAUAUUGAACUGGCCAAGGAAGUCCAAGUGAACCUUGAACACACGACCUUGCAAAAGGUUACUUCGGCGGCUGAAAUCUACUACGAUCCCGAUCCACGCAGCACUAUCAUUGAAGAAGAUGCGGAUUUCGUUGAUACCUACUAUCAGCUGGAAGAUGAUAACUCGCCGGUGGUGACACGUGUGUCGCCGUGGUUGCUCCGUAUCGAACUGAAUCGUGGUAUGAUGAUUGAUAAGCGUCUCAAUAUCACGGAAGUGGUGCAAAAGAUAUCCGAAGAAUUCCGCAACGAUCUUCACGUUAUUGGCAGUGAUGAGAACUCGGAGAAACUCAUUAUCCGUUGUCGAGUGAUGAGCGACGAAAACGAGGACAAAGAUAUGGACGAAGAAGAUACCCGUGCUGAAGAAGACACUUUCCUUCGCAAGCUGGAGGGAAGCAUGCUCAGCUCGAUCAAUUUGCGUGGUAUUCCUGGUAUCAAGAAGGUGUAUAUUGUUGAAAGAACACCGACGGUGCUUAGCAGUUCCGGCAAAUUUGAGCAAGUCAAGGAGUGGGGUCUCGAUACGGACGGUAUCAAUUUGCAGGAAGUCAUGUGUCAGCAUGGUGUGGACGAAACCAAGACGUAUUCCAACAAUACCGUGGAAAUCAUGGAAGUGCUGGGUGUGGAAGCGACGCGCAAGGCCUUGCUCCGAGAAUUACGUAACGUCAUUGAAUUCGAUGGUUCGUAUGUUAACUACCGUCAUUUGGCAUUGCUUUGUGAUGUUAUGACCAAUCGAGGCCAUUUGAUGGCUAUCACACGUCACGGUAUCAAUCGAGCCGAAACCGGUGCGUUGAUGCGUUGUUCCUUUGAAGAGACGGUGGAAAUCCUGAUGGAAGCCGCAGCCAUUGGUGAAAUGGAUGACUGCAAGGGUGUAGCGGAGAACAUUAUGUUGGGUCAAAUGGCGCCUCUUGGCACAGGUGAAUUCGAUGUGAUGCUCGACGAGGAGAUGUUGAAACUGGUGCCCCAAGAUAACCGAGCGACCAUGCCCAACGGCGUUCCGGGUGAUAUUCCUGGUUUUGCUACCCCCGGUCCCGGUUACAUGACACCGAAUUUGGCAACUCCCUACGAUACUCGAUCGCCUGAUUGGGUGGACUUCUCACAUCCUUCAUCGCCUUCGGAACCCAUGUUCUCGCCAAUGGGUAAUUCGGGUGCUGGUGGUGCUUCUGUAGGCGCUAGUCCAUGGCGCGGUGAUAUGAGCCCUUACGCUCAAAGUCCCGGCUACUCGCCCACUUCCCCGGGUUAUUCCCCUUCGAGCCCGUCUUACGCAACCUCGCCUGGUUACUCCCCGGCUUCGCCAAGUUAUUCGCCUACGAGCCCAUCCUAUUCUCCAAGCUCGCCGAACUACAGCCCGACGUCGCCUAGCUACAGUCCCACCAGUCCUAGCUACAGCCCGACGUCGCCAAGCUACAGUCCGACAAGCCCCAGUUACAGUCCUACCAGUCCGAGCUACAGCCCGACUUCACCCAGCUACAGUCCCACUUCGCCAAGUUACAGCCCGACGUCACCAAGCUACAGUCCUACCAGUCCUAGCUACAGUCCCACGUCGCCAAGCUACAGCCCGACUUCGCCCAGUUACAGUCCUACUUCGCCUAGCUACAGUCCCACAAGCCCAAGCUAUAGUCCGACGAGCCCCAGUUACAGUCCCACGAGCCCAAGUUACAGUCCGACGUCGCCAAGCUACAGUCCCACCUCACCUAGCUAUAGCCCAACUUCGCCGAGUUACAGUCCUACAUCGCCAAGCUACAGUCCUACUAGCCCAAGCUACAGUCCAACCUCUCCAAGCUAUAGUCCUACCAGUCCGAGCUACAGCCCGACUUCGCCGAGCUACAGUCCUACCAGUCCAAGCUAUAGUCCCACGUCGCCCAGCUACAGCCCCACGUCGCCUAGCUACAGCCCGACGUCCCCCAAUUAUCAAUCCAACUCCAAAUCACGAAAAUAAUUUAAAAAAAUUAGUCAAUUCAACAUUUCACUCAAAAAACAAUCCAAUAGCGUUUAGUUCAACUAGUCCACUGAAAAAAAGAAACAAUAAACAAUGGGGCAACAAAGAAAAGCAUACUACGGUAUCUAAAAUCACAAAACC